GCGAAGCGCAUGCGCACCGCCCGGCGGCCGGGGCGGGCCGGGUGCAAGAUGUCGGCGCAGGGGGACUGCGAGUUCCUGGUGAAGCGGGCCCGGGAGCUGGUGCCGGCGGACCUGUGGGCGGCCAAGGCCUGGCUCAUCACGGCGCGGAGCCUCUAUCCCGCCGACUUCAACAUCCAGUAUGAGAUGUACACUAUCGAGAGGAACGCUGAAAGAACAACGUCUGCAGGCAGGCUGCUCUAUGACAUGUUUGUGAAUUUUCCAGACCAACCUGCUGUAUGGAGGGAGAUCAGCGUUAUUACAUCAGCACUAAGGAAUGACUCACAGGACAAGCAGACACAGUUUUUAAGAGGAUUAUUUGAGACCCUUCCUGGUCGGGUUCAGUGUGAAAUGUUACUGAAGGCAACAGAGCAGUGCUUUAACACACUAGAAAGGGCAGAAAUGCUACUGCUACUUCUGCGACGUUUCCCAGAGACUGUGGUGCAACACGGGGUAGGCCUUGGAGAAACAUUGUUAGACGCUGAAAGUAUUGAAGACCAAGAAUCUCCAGUGAAUUGUUUUAGAAAAUUAUUUGUUUGUGAUGUUCUUCCUCUGAUAAUUAAUAAUCCUGAUGUACGACUUCCUGCCAGCUUGUUAUAUAAAUAUCUGAAUAAAGCAGCGGAAUUUUACAUUAACUAUGUAACUAGAUCCACCCAGACAGAAAGCCAAUAUCAAGGUUCACAAGAUUCCUCUGAUAUUAUGUCUCCAAGCAAGCGCAGCUCUCAGAAAUACAUAAUAGAUGGUCUCACAGAGAAGUCAUCCCAGAUUACAGAUCCUUGGGAGAGGCUAUUUAAAAUAUUGUCUGUGGUGGGAAUGAGGUGUGAAUGGCAAAUGGAUAAAGGAAGAAGAAGUUUUGGUGAUAUUUUGCAUCGAAUGAAAGAUCUCUGCAGAUACAUCAGCAACUUUGAUAGCGAUGCCCACGCUAAAUAUAAGAAUCAAGUAGUGUAUUCCACGAUGUUGGUCUUCUUUAAAAAUGCAUUUCAGUAUGUCAGCAACAUCCAGCCAUCACUCUUUCAAGGUCCAAAUGCUCCAAACCAAACCCCACUGGUUCUUCUUGAGGAUGUAUCCAACGUCUAUGGUGAUACAGAUAUUGAUCGUAACAAACACAUACACAAAAAGAGAAAACUUGCUGAAGGAAGAGAAAAAACAAUGCAGAGCUCAGAUGAUGAGGAUCCCUCUGGGAAGGCACGAAGUCGCCAUAUUACAGUAAACAAGGCAGAUCUUGCAAACUCCAUCGAAGUAUUAGAGAGCUUCAAACUGGCAAGAGAGAGCUGGGAGCUGCUCUAUUCUCUGGAAUCACUCGACAAAGAGUUCACCAGAAUUUGUUUGUCAUGGAAGACAGAGACCUGGCUUUGGUUAAGAAUCUUUCUUACAGACAUGAUCAUCUACCAGGGGCAGUACAAAAAAGCAAUCAGCAGCCUCCAUCACUUGGCAGCUCUUCAGGGCUCUCAUUCUCCACAGCAAAUUACGGGACAAGGAUCCCUAGAAAAUCAGAGAGCACUAAUCCAGUUAGCAUCAUGCCACUUUGCCCUUGGAGAGUAUCGGCAAACAUGUGAAAAAGUGCUUGACCUCAUGUGUUAUAUUUUACUUCCAAUACAAGAAGGAGGUAAAGUGCAAGAGGAGCAACCUAAAGUCAAGUCUAAAUUCAGGAAAGGGUCUGAUUUGAAGCUUUGGCCGUGUACCAGCAGAGCUAUCAUGCCUUACUGCCUUCAUCUGUUGUUAGCUUGUUUCAAGCUCAGAGCUUUCACGGACAGCAGAGAUGACAUGGCGCUGGGCCACGUAGUUGUUCUGCUUCAGCAUGAGUGGCCAAGGGGUGAGAACUUGUUCCUGAAAGCCAUCAACAAAAUCUGCCAACAAGGAAACUUCCAGUACGAGAAUUUUUUCAACUAUGUCACAAAUAUUGAUAUGUUGGAGGAAUUUGCUUAUUUAAGAACACAGGAAGGAGGGAAAAUUCAUCUGGAACUGCUGCCAAAUCAAGCAAUGUUGAUCAAGACUUCUAGCCCUCCCAUGGGGUUACUGCAGCAGGAAUUCAUACCUGUGCUACAGCCCAGCAUACAGACUGCUGACAGGCAUCAUACAGUUACCCGGGGUAUAACUAAAGGAGUGAAGGAAGAUUUCCGCCUGGCCAUGGAGCGCCAGGUCUCGCGCUGUGGGGAAAAUCUCAUGGUGGUCUUGCAUAGGUUCUGCAUUAAUGAGAAAAUACUGCUGCUUCAAACUCUUGCUUGAAUGGACUGGAUCAUGAUGCCGUGUCUUUUAUGGAGACAGAGGAAGGCUCUUAAUUGUAUGAAGAAGCAGCAUGACAGUGGAAAAUCACUUGUUCAGGAGUCAAAGAAGUUCCCUAUGAGUUACAGGUUCUGCAGUACACAAACACCACAUAGUGUUUGUUCACUGGUUAGUUUUUUUAUGUGGGUAGAUCAAACUUUAUAAAUAAAACUUUGUUUAAGAAGUCUUCUGUUAUA